AUGGCUCUGGGUCAGUUGCAGCACUUGGAGAAGAUCUUCGUGACAUCUGGGUGGUUGGGCAAGCAGUGUGAUGCCUUCAAUGCAGAGAACGCAGAAGCGAUAUCGGAGAGGAAGAAGUUCCAACAAGCUCCGAACCUGUAUGCUCUAGAUAACUUUGUGGUGACUCCUAUGUCAAGACCUGGAUGGUGUGCAGCACGAUUUCAGGACUGGAAGCAAACUAUCCCUUGGGCACAUGUGGAGUCUUCCUUCUCGGAGUUGCUGAACCCACAUGGCCUCCAAGUGCAUGUCUUCGUGUCGCAUUUUUGGGGACACCUCUGCAGCAGCACCUUGCUGGCACUUCGUUUGUGGGCAGCGAAUCAUUUCCGUGAGUACGCUCAGCAGCCACAGUCAGUGGUAUAUUGGAUUUGCCUCUUCGCACUGAACCAGCACGCCGUGGCAGAGGAGGUGGGCGAGAAUCCCAAGCAAGGACCGUUCAACGCGGCCUUGGCGCAAGCUGCUGGUGGCGCAGUGAUGGUCUUGGACCAAGAGAUCAAUCCAUUUACGCGGAUUUGGUGCCUCUUCGAAGUCUCUCGACUCAAAGAUUUGCAGAGGCCCUUCGAGUUGAUUUGCGAUUUGGGCUCAUUAUCCAAUCCAGUGGGCUUAGUUCGGGGCUCAGAAGCAGAACAAGCUGAGAUGCGAAGGGCGACCUGCACAGCCCUGUGGAAAGUGUCACCAAGCAAGGCCCAAAGCUCCGUGGAGGCAGACAAGUACCGAAUUUGGACCGAGAUUGCCAACAGCGGUAUCAAGAAGGUAAUCUACAGUCAAACGGAAGAAUACUUCUUCAACUUUCUUGCAGUUACAUAUGAUGAUCUCGAAUUGUUUGGCGACUUCACCCGACACAUGCACUCCCUGCUUUCCACGAGUCUUCUGCAGAACUUGCUGCAGUGUUCUGAGUAUGAAGCGGCCGUCGAGUGCUGCCUCCGUGGAGCCCACAUUACAGAGGAACAGCUUGAUGAGAUUUGUGAAAGCUUUGAGUCGGAGAAUCGGAGAGCCACGUGGCUGAAUGAGUUGCUCCUGUUCACCUCACAGUUCGGAAAAGAUGAAUCAAUUCUGCCGCUGCUGCUUGAGCAUGGUGCUGAUCCAGGAGCCGCAAACAAUGAUGGCAAGACAGCACUGAUGUUUGCUGCUGCAGGUGGACACGAGCCACCAGUGCUGAAGCUGCUGCUUGAGCAUGGUGCUGAUCCAGGAGACAAUGGUGGCAGAGCUCUGAAGCUUGCUGCUGGAAGGGGAGACGAGGCAGUACUGAAGCUGCUGCUUGAGCAUGGUGCUGAUCCACGGGCCGCAGACAAUGAUGGCUGGACAGCUUCGAUGGCAGCUGCUGAACAUGGACACGAGCCAAUGCUGAAGCUGCUACUUGAGCAUGGUGCUGAUCCACGGGCCGCAAUGCAUGAUGGCAGGACAGCUCUGAUGUUUGCUGCUGCAGAAUUACAUGAGCCAGUGCUGAAGAUGCUGCUUGAGCAUAGUGCUGAUCCAGGGGUCGCAGACAAUUAUGGCUGGACAGCUCUGAUGCCUGCUGCUUUAUGGGGACACGAGCCAAUGCUGAAGCUGCUACUUGAGCAUGGUGCUGAUCCACAGGCCGCAGAGAAUCAUGGCAGGACAGCUCUGAUGCUUGCUGCUGAGAGUGGACGCGAGUCAGCGGUGAAGCUGCUGCUUGAGCAUGGUGCUGAUCCAGGAGUCGCAGACAAUGAUGGCUGGACAGCUCUGAUGCUUGCUGCUGCAUAUGGACACGAGCCAGUGCGGAAGCUGCUGCUUCAGCAUGGAGCUGAUCCAGGAACAAUGACGCAAGCACGCGCGUCAGUUGUGCCCCUGGGAAUGAUGCUGGACAGCCCUGAUGAAAGCUGCUGA